GAGCGGCGGGGGGAGCCAGGGCCUGCGGGCGCCCCGCCCCCCGCGAGUAGUGACCGGCCGCCGCCGCCGCGCCACACUCGGGGCUCCCGCGUCGCCGCCCGCUCACCUGCGCCAGCUGCCCGCUCCUCGGUGCGCGCAGGGGCCUCCGCCGCCCAGUGCCCAGCCCGGCGCAGCGACCCGCCGCCCCGCCCGGCCGCCACCAUGAACUCGCUCUUCAGGAAGAGAAACAAAGGCAAAUACAGCCCCACGGUUCGGACCCGCAGCGUCUCUAACAAGGAGCUGUCGGAGCUCAUCGAGCAGUUGCAGAAGAAUGCCGACCAGGUGGAGAGGAACAUCGUGGACACGGAAGCCAAGAUGCAGAGCGACCUGGCCCGGCUGCAGGAGGGCCGGCAGCCCGAGCACCGGGAUGUGGCCUUGCAGAAGGUGUUGAACUCUGAGAAGCUGCUCUACGUGCUGGAGGCAGACGCGGCCAUCGCCAAGCACAUGAAGCACCCCCAGGGGGACAUGAUCACUGAGGACAUCCGUCAGCUGAAGGAGCGUGUGACCAACCUCCGUGGGAAACACAAGCAGAUCUACAACCUGGUGGUGAAAGAGGUGGACCCGCAGGUCAACUGGGAGGCGCUGGUGGAGGAAAAGCUGGACAAGCUGAGCAGCCAGAGCUUCGGGACGGAACUGCCGCUGGUGGACCACCAGGUGGAGCAACACAACAUCUUUCACAAUGAGGUCAAGGCCAUAGGGCCCCACCUGGCCAAGGAGCAGAACGGUGAACUCCAGGCCAAGUACCAGAAACUGCUGGCGGCGUCGCAGGCGCGGCAGCGGCACCUGAGCUCGCUGCAGGACUACAUGCAGCGCUGCACCAACGAGCUGUACUGGCUGGACCAGCAGGCCCAGGGCCGCAUACAGUAUGACUGGAGUGACCGCAACCUCAACUACCCCAGCCGCCGGCGCCAGUACGAGAAUUUCAUCCACCGGAACCUGGAGGCCAAAGAGGAGAGAAUUAACAAGCUGCACAGCGAGGGUGAGCAGCUGCUCGCCGCCGAGCACCCCGGGAGGAACUCCAUUGAGGCUCACAUGGAGGCCGUCCACGCAGAUUGGAAGGAAUACCUGAACCUGCUCAUCUGUGAGGAGAGCCACCUGAAGUACAUGGAAGACUACCACCAGUUCCACAAAGACAUGAAGGAUGCCCAGGAGCUGCUUCGCAAGGUGGACUCAGACCUGAACCAGAAAUACAGCCCCGACUUCAAGGACCGAUACCAGAUUGAGCUGCUGCUGCGGGAGCUGGACGACCAGGAGAAGGCUCUGGACAAGUACGAGCAUGUGGUGCGGGGGCUGCAGAAGCGAGGGCAGCAGGUGGUGCCCCUCAAGUACCGCCGGGAGAUGCCCCUCAAGCCCAUCCCCGUGGAGGCACUCUGUGACUUCGAGGGUGACCAGGGCCUGAUCUCUCGGGGCUACAGCUACACCCUGCAGAGGAACAAUGGGGAGAGCUGGGACCUCACAGACAGCGCGGGGAACAAGCUGACUGCCCCGGCUGUCUGCUUCAUGGUCCCACCCACCGACCCUGAGGCCCUGGCUCUGGCUGAAAGCCUGGGCAGCCAGUACCAGAGCCUGCGGCAGAAGGCAGCCGGGAGCAGAAAGGCGCUCCAGGAGCGGCAUGAGGUGCUGAAGGCAGAGAGCUCUGGAGCAGAUGCCUCGGACCUGCAGGGCCGCCAGCUGCUGGCUGGCUUGGACAAGGUGGCCAGCGACCUGGACCGGCAGGAGAAGGCCAUCACGGCCAUCCUGCGGCCGCCGCUGGAGCAGGGCCGGGCUGUGCAGGACAGCGCCGAGCGGGCCAAGGACCUCAAGAACAUCACCAACGAGCUGCUGCGGAUUGAGCCCGAGAAGGCGCGCAGCACGGCCGAGGGCGAGGCGUUCGUGCGGGCCCUCCCGGACAGUGGCAGCACCGCCCUGCUGAGGAAGCGGGUGGAGGACACCCAGCGCAGAUACGAGCGCCUGGUGCAGCUGCUGGAAGCCGCCCAGGAGAAGGUCGACAUCGCCAACCGCCUGGAGAAAAGCCUGCAGCAGGGCCGGGAGAUGCUGGCCACGUAUGAGACCCAGCUGGCCCAGGAGGACACGGUGCCCGAGAGUAGCCAGGCCCUGGACAGCAGGAGGCAGGAGCUGGCGGCCAUGGCCUCCGAGCUGCAGGCCCGGAAGGCCCUCCUCAGCGAGGUGCAGCGGAACCUGCAGGCCGCCAAGCAGUGCUCAGGCUCGCUGGCCAGCCGCUUCCAGGAGCACUGCCCGGACCUGGAGCGCCAGGAGGCCGAGGUGCACAAGCUGUGCCAGCGCUUCGAUGGCCUCUGCCAGCAGGCGGAGCUCAGGGUCCAGAGCCUGCAGAGUGCCCGGGCUGAGCAUGACGCCUUCUGCAGCGGCCGUGACCGCCUGCUUCAGUUCCUGUCCCACAUCCCCAGCUAUGAGCCCCAGGAGAUGGACAGCCUCAGCCAAGUGGAGACCAAGCUGAACAACCAGAAGAACCUACUAGAUGAAAUAGCAAGAAGGGAAGAGGAAAUGCAGAAAGUCCACACGCACUCCCAGCAGUACCAGCAGGCUGUCAAGGACUACGAGUUGGAAGCAGAGAAACUCAGGUCCCUCCUUGACUUGGAGAAUGGAAGGAACAGCCACGUGAGCAAGCGGGCCAGGCUCCAGUCCCCUGCCGCCAAAGUGAGAGAAGAGGAAGCAGCUCUUGCUGCCAAAUUCACGGAGGUUAAUGCCAUCAACAGACAGAGGCUGCAGAACCUGGAGUUUGCACUGACCCUCCUGAGACAGCAGCUGGAGGCAGGUGCGAGCCAGGAGGCCCUGCCCGGGAGCAAGCCAGGCCCCGGAGCGGAGGAGACGUGGAAGAUUCAGAAGGAGCUGGAUGAGGAGAUGGAGCGGCGGCAGCAGCUGGAGCACGAAGUCCGGAGCGCCCAGGAGGAGAUCCGGGCGCUGCGGAGCCAGAGCCCACAGGAGGCGGUGGUGACCAGGGAGGUGCUUAGGAAGGUGCCGGACCCGGCGCUGGAGGAGAGCUUCCAGCAGGCACAGCAGACCCUGGCCGAGGAGCAGCACAAGAACCGGCUGCUGCAGGGGGAGGUGGAGGCGCUGCGGCUGCGGCUGCGUGCCCUGGAGGAGGCGGCCUGGGCCGGGGGCCAGGAGUACGUGGUCAAGGAAGUACUGCGCAUUGAGCCGGAUCGGGCCCAGGCUGACGAGGUCCUGAGGCUGCGGGGGGAGCUGGAGGCGCUGCGGCGGCAGAAGGGCGCCCGCGAGGCGGAGGCACUUCUCCUGCAGCAGCGCGUGGCCGCCCUGGCUGAGGAGAAGCGGCGGGCACGGGAGGUGGUCACGGAGAAGGAGGUGGUCAAGGUGCACAACGACCCCCAGCUGGAGGCCGAGUUCCGGCAGCUGCAGGAGGACCAGCAGCGGGAGCAGGGGCUCCGGGAGAAGCAGGAGGAGGAGCUGGGCUUCCUGCAGGACAAGCUCAAGAGGCUGGAGAAGGAGCGGGCCAUGGCCGAGGGCAAGAUCACAGUCAAGGAGGUGCUCACGGUGGAGAAGGACGUGGCGGCCGAGCGGGAGGUGGGCGCCCUCCAGCGCCAGUAUGAGGAUGAGGCCGCCAGGGCCCGCGCCAGCCAGAGGGAGAAGGCCGAGCUGCUCCGGAAGAUCUGGGCCCUGGAGGACGAGAACGCCAAGGUGGUUGUGCAAGAGAAGGUGCGCGAGAUUGUCCGGCCUGACCCCAAGGCUGAGAGUGAGGUGGCCAACCUCCGCCUGGAGCUGGUAGAGCAGGAGCGCAAGUACCGGGGGGCCGAGGAGCAGCUCAAGAGCUACCAGAGCGAGCUGGAGGCGCUUCGGAGGCGGGGCCCCCAGGUAGAGGUCAAGGAGGUGACCAAGGAGGUCAUCAAGUACACGACGGACCCUGAGACGGAGAAAGAGCUCCAGAGGCUCAGGGAGGAGAUCGUGGACAAGACCCGCCUCAUCGAGAGGUGUGACCUGGAGAUCUACCAGCUGAAGCAGGAGAUCCAGUCCCUCAAAGAGGCCAAGCCCCAGGUGCAGACCAAGGAGGUGGUCCAGGAGAUCUUGCAGUUCCAGGAAGACCCCCAGACCAAAGAGGAAGUGGCAGCUCUGAGGGCCCGGCUGGCUGAGGAACACAAGAAGCAGGUAGACCUGGAACGGGAACGCGUGUCACAGGAGGAGAAGAUCCAGGAGAAGGAGGAGGAGCUGGCCCGCGGGAAGGAGGUGGUGGUGCAGCAGGAGGUGGUCAGGUACGAGGAGGAGCCGGGCCUCCGGGCAGAAGUGAGCGCCUUCACCGAGAGUAUCGAUGCGGAACUGCGGCAGAUCGACGGCCUCCGUGGCGAGCUGCGGCGGCUGCAGCGCCGGCGAGCCGAGCUGGAGCGCCAGCUGGAGGAGCUGGAGCGCGAGCGGCAGGCGCGCCGCGAGGCUGAGCUGGAGGUGCAGCGCCUCAAGCAGCAGCUGGCGCAGCUGGAGGCGCAGGAGGGCGAGGCCCGCGAGAAGGUGACCCUCACACAGAAGGUGGUGCUGCAGCAGGACCCCCAGCAGGCCCGGGAGCACGCCCUGCUGGCCCUGCAGCUGGAGGAAGAGCGGCACCGCCGGCAGGGCCUGGAGCGCGAGCUCGAGACCCUGAAGCAGCAGCUGGAGCGCCUGGAGAAGAUGGAGGUCAAGGAGAAGGUGGUCUUCUCCGAGAGCGUCCAGGUGGAGAAAGGCGACACCGAGCAGGAGAUUCAGAGGCUCAGGGGCAGUCUGGAGGCUGAGAGCUGCGGCAAGAGGGAGCUGGACGCUGAGGUGAGCCGGCUGGAGGCCAAGCUGUCGGAGCUGGAGUUCUGCAACUCCAAGUCAUCCAAGGAGCUGGACUUCCUGAGGGAGGAGAACCACAAGCUGCAGCUGGAGCGGCAGAGCCUGCAGCUCGAGGCCCGCAGGCUGCAGUCGGAGAUCGAGAUGGCCGCGGCUGAGGCACAGAGCCUAAGAAGCCUGCCCGCGACGGCUGGAUCCGACCCCGGGGCGCAGCUCGACUCACGCCUGCGGUCCCUGGAGCGGGAGCUGGACGACCUCAGGAGGCUCUCCAGGGACAAAGACCAGGAGAUCGAGGAGCUGCAGCGGCGCCUGGGAUCCGUGGCCGUCAAGCGGGAGCAGAGGGAGAACCACCUGCGGCGCUCCAUCGUGGUCAUCGACCCUGACUCGGGCCGCGAGCUGUCCCCCGAGGAGGCCCACCGCGCCGGCCUCAUCGACUGGAACAUGUUUGUGAAGCUCAGGAGCCAGGAAUGCGACUGGGAGGAGAUCUCCGUCAAGGGCCCCGGAGGCGAGUCGUCCGUGAUCCAUGACAGGAAGUCCGGCAGGAAGUUCUCCAUUGAAGAGGCCCUGCAGAGCGGGCGGCUGACCCCCGCGCAGUAUGACCGCUACGUCAACAAGAGCAUGUCCAUCCAGGAGCUGGCCGUCCUGGUGUCGGGGCAGCAGUAGGCCCGCCCCCGCCCCUGGGGAAGCUGCCGCUGGCUCGCCCUGCCCGGAACGCUCCCCCGGGUCGUCUCUCCCGGGCCCCCGCACAGCUCCCAGUCUGCUCAGAGCCCCGUGUGCCGCCACCAGCUGCUGGGCCCAAGCACAGGUGGGACUGGCCCCCGCUGAGCUGUCUGUCCCUCAGCCUGGACAGCGACCCACUUGUCCCCCGAUCGUUCUCGCCUGCAGUGCCCGUCUUCCUCCCCGCCUCUCCUACACUCCUCUAUCAGCAGACUCCCCCUGGGACACCUGGAAGCACUGACGUCUACCACUAAAGCACAAGACAGGCAGCAGCCCCAUGGGCCAGCCUGCUCCGCACCGCACUGGCCUCCACACCCCAGCCGGGGAAACUCAAGGCAAGGAGGGCUCCCUUCAGCAAAGCCCCAGCCCCCGGGGGCCGCCACCUGCAUUCACAGCCCUCCGGAUUCCAGCUCAGAUGACUUGCCAUCGAGGCCUCCUGGGGAAACCGAUCUGGGCGCUAGGCCAAAGGAGGCGCAAAGAAACCAGAACAGCGUCUGGCCCUGGUGCUUGGGUGAAGCUUAACUGUCGAGCCAGACUGUCCCAAGAGAAUGCACCGUCAGAGGACGUGUCGUGGUUCUGUAACUGAAGUACCUUCCUAGUGGACUGUCGCUGUCGGCCUUGGAUUCGGUGCCUGGUCCUGCUUAUUCUUUCACUGCCACUUAAGACUCCACAGUUGAUUUUUUUAUCAAAUGAAAUUUGGGUUCUCUGUAUCUCAUGUAUCAUGUAAGAAAAUGGGAAGUAAGAGGGAACUCUAUUUAUAGCGUGAAAAUAAACACCUGCUGGCUUGAUUCUAA